GCGUAGCAGGAUGUUCGGCAGUCACAGAGUUGGUGUGGCAGCCGUAGACGCAGUUCGCAGCACACGGCUCACAUCGCUGCUUAUCAUGGACGUUGAGCAGCGUUGGGCUAGAUAUGUAGGAUGAUGAAUUAAAGCGGGAGGCCAUGAUGGUGGAGGGCACACACUAUAAUGCGGUGUGCCAUUGUGCCAUCACUUCAGGACGGCGGCAGAGAGCAGGUGCAGCUGUAGUGAACGGUUACUUAAUGGCUCGAUGGAAUACAGUGAGCUCCAGAGUUGUUGUCCUCCGUCUGUGCAGCUACCCCCCGACGUGUCCCCGUUGACCUUGAACUUGAGUGUUUGCCCUCCACCCUGAAGCCCCAAGGAGAAGUGGACGACCAACCCUGGUUUCCCCUCCUGCUCGAGCCUAACUCAGCCCUGCUCUGUGGAACUUUGAAACGUUUGAAACGGUGCCCUGGCAUGCCCGUUGGCAAAGGAACGGACUGCGGGCACGCACUCGGCUUCCAGAAAUAGAAAAACGAAACGAACAAACGAGUGCCACCUCAAACCGCUGCACAUCCCCCCCCACCCCCUCCCACCCUCAUGGAGACUGCCAGGGCCAGAGGGUUGGCCUCCUACAGUCCGUCGCGUGUGUGUGAGUUGACGAGGAUGCUACUGCGUUGUUGAAAGAAAGACUCCACCUUACCCUCCUCUGCCCCCUCACCAUCACUAGUACAUCCACCCCUCCCCUCCCUCCCUCCCUCCCUCCCACCCUCCCACUUUCGUCUUCCAGUGCAGGGGGUCCCCAACAUGGACGGGGGUGCCUGAGCGGAGCUUCCCAGGGAGAAGGGGGAUGAGAGAGGGAGCGGCACCGGCUACGCAGCCCACCGCCACCCAUGGAUGCCAAGCUGCGCGAGGACCUGUUUAGGAGGUAUGUGGCGUCGCUGGAGAGGCGGCUGGAGGAGGGCCAAGGAGGAGGGAACGGCGGCGGCAGCGGCACCACCAAUGGGAGUAGCGGCAAAGGCGACCGUCCGACAGCAACGUCGACGACAACACACAGCAGCAGCGAGGAGGCGCUGGUCUCCACGGCGACGGCCCUGCUGGGGGCGUACCAGCCGGAGCCGGCGCAGCGGUUCCGCCUGCUGCGGUUCUACGAGGUGACGGAGAACGCGCUGCGCUCGGCGCAGGGCUCCAGCCUCCGGGCCCUGGAGGCGGCCUUCUCCACGCUGGAGACCGUCUGCACCAACCUGCUGCUCUUCCCCUGGAAGAAGGAGUUCCGCUGCAUCAAGACCUUCACGGGGCCGUACGUGUACCAGCUGCAGUCGGCCGUGUGCGAGUCGGACCUGCGCUCGCUGCUGCGCUCCAUGGGCUACACGCGCAGCGAGCAGGACACGCACUACCAGGCGCGCGAGACCCCGCCGGGCGGCGCCCUCCACCUGCGGCAGCUGGCCUUCGAGCUGCUGCUGGCCCAGGCCGAGUGCCGGCUCCUGGGGGAGGUGGUGGCGCUGGCCCGGGGGGCGGCCACGGAGCUGGAGGCCCUGGAGCUGCGGCGCGCCAGCCGGGAAGACGCGGCCGGCUGCGCCGAGGCGCUGAGACGCCGCGACUCGCUCACGGCCAUCGACAUGGCCCGGCUGUCGCUGCGCCCGGCCGACAUGGAGCGCGCCGCCACCCCGCACCACCACCACCACCACCAGCACCACCACCAGCACCAGCUGCGGAGGUCCGGCCGCCCGUCCAAGUCGGUGGACGUGACGGACAGCGCCGGCCACUGGCACCCGGCCAUCAAGCCGGUGCUGCGCACGUCGCUCAGCCUGCGCAAGGAGCCGCUGUUCGUGGACGCCGACGAGGAGGAGGCGCGCGACGAGAUCCUGCGGCCCAACGCGCCGCUCUUCUCGCUGGCCUCGGCGCCCUCCUACAGUCAGCCGUCCUCGUCCUCGUCCUCCAUCGCCGCCGCCGUGGUGGCCGCCUCCGCCGCCGACUUCUUCCCCAUCCAGUCGCCGCCGCCGCCCUCGUCGGGCGACCCCUACUCCUCCUACCACCUGUCCUCGCUGGACGAGGUGGACCUGUACACGGAGCGCGGCGUCGGGAUGGGGCUCGGCAUCGGCGGGCGCCAGACGCCCUCGUCCUCGUCCGCCUCGGCCUCGUCGUCGUCGCGGCCGCCCAGCCGGGAGCCCCGGGACGGCUGGCUGCUGAAGGCCCACGGCGGCGCCAAGUGCCAGGGCUGCGGGCUGGGCUGCUCGGUGCUGAGCUCGUGCCAGCGCUGCGACACGGUGCUGUGCUCCUCGUGCGUGGCGUGCGAGCCCACGCCCUGCUGCGGCUACCAGGACUACCCCAAGGCGGCCACCGUCACGGCCCCGGCGCCCCUGCGCCAGCUGGACGGCUACCUGCCCGCCAAGGAGAAGCUGUCCGUCUACUCCAACGCCCACAUGCACACGCACCCGCACACGCACCCCCACGCCCACGUCAUCAGCCACGCGCACCUCCACCCGCACCCCCACCCGCACCCGCUCUCCCACUCGCACUCGCAGCUGCUGGACAAGCCCCUGCUGAGCGCCAAGCUGUACCCCAGCAAGCCCGUGGCCAUGGUGACGACCUCUGCCCCCGGCGGCCUCGGCGGCGUGAGCGAGCGUCUGAGCGCGGCCGGCUCGUCGCGCUGCGGCUUCUGCAACAAGCCCGGCGCGGCGCACACCUGCGUCAACUGCUCCAAGGUGUCGUGCGACUCGUGCAUGGGCCUGUACGCCGGCGACGUGUGCACGCGCAAGACGCCGCACCACAGCUUCCUGCCCAACCACCAGCUCAACUUCAAGUCCAGCACCAUCUCCCACCUCGUCUACCGGUAGACAUCUCGCUCUAGCUCAAACACGCACACAGUCUUACACUCCCACACACACACACACACACACACACACACACACAAAUAUGCAGGGCCUGGAAUCCUGAACUUCUGGACUGCUCACCCUCCUGUAGAAUCUCACUCCAAAACAGUCGCUGUCCUUGCUGACCAGGACCAGACGGAUCCCUGAUUACGCUGCUGCGCGGGCUUCUAUCCAUUUCUCUCUCUCUCUUCUCUUCUUCUCUUCACUUCUCCUCUCUCUCUUCUCCCCUCUUCUCUUCUCUUCUCUUUUCCUCUCUUCUCUUUCUUGAUGUUGUUUUUGCUGGAGCUGCCUCCUCAUAUCAGCCCUGGAAUGCCCUCAUAGCCCAUAUCUCAUCGGGGCCAUCACACUGCCUUGUAGAAAUUCAGGCUUGAAGGCAUUUUUCUCUCUUUCUUUCUUUCUUUCUUUCUUUUUUAUUUUUUUCCCCCACCAGGCCCUUUACUCUCUCCAUCUGCUCUCGUUUUGGUCAUGUGAUCUUGUCAUUUGUCCCGUACCUGAAUCUUGGCCUACAUAAGACAAGCAACUCAAUAGGAAAAAACAAGUAAACAAACACACAAACGCAACAACUACAACAGCAACAGACAUGACUGACUUUAGCCUCGAGUGGAGCGCUCAACCCAGCCGUUUGCAUUUUGCCCACAUAGGUGUUUGCAGAAGACUCUCUUCCCCCCUCCCCCGCCCCAUCUGGAUAUCCACAAUGUGUGGAAGAACCUUUUCAGACUUAAUCAAAUGAGGGGGAGAAAAUGAAAGAAGAACAUUACACUGGAAUCCAAUAGUAUAUAUUUUGAAUCAUUAUUGUACAGACCUAAUGUGCGACUGUUGGUUCAGGGUCGUGGGU